CUCCGAUUAAACAACGGAUAUUUGAGAAAUUAGAAGUUGGAUUUUACCCUUAUCACACUGCCCUGUAUUCGAAUACAAUAUUUGCACAUUUUUAACUUCAAUUAAAAUGCAAAAUACAUAAACAAAACAAAACAAAACCAAAAACACUUAGAGGAGGAGCAGAAAGCGGAGAAGGUAUAACAAUGAAAAUCAAACAGAUAACUAAACAGUUUAGUUUAAAACAAAUAAAUAGCACUACUGAUGGGAAUAUCAGUAGUAGUAGAAAUGAUUUCACAUCUGCCUACUCUGGACCACCUUUAUUAAUGGCUAGUAAACAAAUUGAAAGUGGACUUCUGAAUUGUAAACACCUACCCAAUUCUAAAAUGUUUUAUAUGUCGAAUACUACAAUCAGCAACACCAUGAACAUGAAUAACAAUAACACUAGUACACAUAUUACUAAUGUCUAUAAUAGUAAUAGUAGCAAUCAAAAUUAUGAAAGUGUACAAUGUCUUUUAUCCAGUGAAGCACAAAAUCACACCGAUUCAAAAUCAUUAUUUCUUCGUAAAUUAUCAUCCAAAAAAUCUAAGCCAAAUAAUCCGGUUACAAAAUCUAUCCAAAAUUGUGAAAUACCAACAACUUCUAGUAGAGCUGUAGUAUUUAAUGAAUCCAUGAAUUGUAAAACACUGAAUUUAAAAUCCCCGCCAAUUGCACCUGAAUACAUUCAAACAAAACAAUCAUGGAUGGAUAAAACAAAGUCUUGGCUAGCUAGCAUUUUACGCAUUGAUAGAUUUUCUUGUUGUAAACAGAAUACACACUUGAAUAUUUGCUCAAAUUUCAUGGAUUACAUUCAUUCAAGUCGCAGACGUAAACAAAUCUUAUUAGUAAUUUUAAUUAUAUCUAUAUUAUUAUUAAUUAUUGUAAUUAUUACUAUGGUUGUAUUAUAUAACCAGUAUGAUGAAUCACUAACGACAAUAUAUGGAACCUCCUCUUCGUAUUCAUCGUCAGAAGUUUUGAUGCCACCGGUGAACAAAUUGUCACCAAUGAAGAAAACACAUCAUCCACCUGUGCUAUCGUCUAUUCACUUACCGACUACUUAUACUACUGAUAGUAGUAGUAGUAUAAGUAAUAGUAAAACUGAACAACAAAAGUGUAAAACACAAAAAUUUUGUUUAAAUGUUAGCUGUCUACAGAUUGCAUCUAUAUUCGCUGAACGCUUAGGCCGAUAUAAUCGACCAAAAAGUUUAGUCAACCUGUUAGACAAAUGUUCACCAGAACAAAUUGAUGAAAUUAUUAAAAUAUUCUAUAUUGGUGAUGAAUUUCAUCUCUCGAAUAAUGAGAAUAGUUUGUAUAGAUUUAAACAGAAACGUUUGUUCACCUUAUGGUCAUAUGUUAGUGAUCAGUUGCAGUCCUACGUGAUCGAAGAUAAAAGUCGGCCAUUUCUGUUAUGGACUGAGAAAUUGGCUUAUUUAUUUCAGAAUAUGAUUGAUCAGUACAUGUUUAAGCGGAAUUUAACUGAUAAUAUGACAGAUAACCAAACCGGAAAUAAUCCUAAUGGUCAAGAUUAUGAAAAGUUACUGCUGAAUUCUUCAAAACACACGCUUAAUCAUCAAAGUGAUUCUAAUAAGGUGACAGAGGUAAAUAAUACCAGCCUAAUGUAUACAUCAGUUGUGCCUAAAGUCGGAACAACCGUGCCAUUUCCAUUUUUCGCAUCAACGUACACAGUUUCAGCGACAAAGACACAAGAAUUUAAUGAAUUCGACAAUAUGGCUAUGUCAUUUCAUACGGAAUUAGAACAACUGAACGCGUUACUACAAAUGGGCAAUAUUGCCUUUCAUGGGUUAGAUAAUGUCCUAAUCAAUGUACAGCUUCAUUUACGUGUACCGUUAUUCUUUACUGCGUGGAUUGCUCGUUCUCAUACGCCUGGAUUAAUGGAUUCACUUAUUCCAAUGUUAGAAAAUUGUGAACAAUUGGAAUUACCAGGCUAUGAAGAAUUGAAAAAAUUUAUACCAAUUGAUUCUGCAUCAUACCCGACCACUUCACCACCAUCAUCUUCGUCGUUUCAACCGCCACCAUUGUUUCCCUCUUCCUUCUCUAUUUCCUCUUCACCAUCAUUUCUUUGGAAUCGUGUACACGAGCUUCAAAAUUAUAUUCAUCAUCUCGGCCAGCUGGCGUGGAAAGCAAGAUAUUCACACAUUACAAAACGAAAUACUACAGAUGAAGUGAAAUCGCUGAAUUUAUCUGGAGUAUUACCAGUUUUGUAUAAAAUUCAAAAGUUAAAUCACCUUGAUGACCAGAAACCUGUGAAGUCGCAAAAAAUGACAUUACGUGAUUUGAUGCAAAUUACCCAGCAUACAAUCAAUUUUCCACGUUAUUUGGGUAAACUGACGUCAUGGAAUCAUGUCAAUGUGAUGCCAAGAGAUAUGCAAGUAUGGGUUACAAAUGUCGACUAUUAUGAAGAAUUAGGUCAUAUUUUACAGCAAACAUCAUUCAGUGAAUUACAAGACUAUAUCACCUUUGCAAUACUUCACAAAUAUGGUGGAUUUGUUGACCAACAAAUAGCACAACUGAAGAGGAAACUUCUUAAACCAUACGCAGAAAGUCUUGGGAUUGAACAAGUCUCUUAUUGGCCGUUUCUCUUGGAUAUGGCUUCUCCAGGAUUAAAACUGAUUCUUCAAAGUAGAUGGAAUUUAGGUCAACUAAAUCAUGCAGUGAAACAAUUCCAUGUGGAAAUUUUAACACCAGUACAAGCGUUAUUUGCAAAGCUGUUGAAUAACUCAAUGUCUGAUACAACGAAAUGUCAUGAAUUAUCAAAAAAGAUAAGUAGUAUGAAGAUUCAACUUAUGUCACAUAAUGAUCAUAUGUGGAUGGAAGAAUUUUAUUCUGAACUGAAAAUUCAACCUAAACAAAGUCUUUUAAUGCAAUUAGUUAAGUUUAACAAUUUUCUAUCAAGAAAGGCGAUAUCUACAGAUUUAUCUAAAUUAAUACCAGACCUUGGCCUCAGUUCCGGUGGCAGUAAACUUCUUCAAUAUGUUGAAAGUUCUAAUAUACUCGAGAUAUCUGUUCUACUUCUUCAAUGGCCUUAUUUUAUGCCUGAUUUAUCUAUACCAAGAUACUUAAACUGUGGAUAUUUAUGGUAUUCCGUAGCCAAAAUUAUAUCGAAUUUAGUUAUCAACAAUAAAUGUUUUGAUGUGAAAAGUUUUUAUGGAAGUAAUACAAGUGGAUUUGAACAAUAUGCAAGAAAAUUUUUAUUUGAUUCAAACAUACUGGAUCAUUGGACAUCAUGGUCGAAAACACCGAAUAUCUUCCAGUCAACUUUGGCUAUUGAAAUCACUGGGCGAAUAUAUAAAGAAUAUUUACAAACAAACCAGAAUCAACCAGAUUCCAAUUUACCAGGAAUAUUUUUUACAACUAAAGAAUUAUUUUAUCAAUGGAUAUUUCAACUUAUCUGUCCUGGAUUCGACUACAGCAAUAUUAUAACGUAUAAUCAAGUUUUAUUGAACAGUAUGAAAGAAUGUGAUGCAAUUCGUACAGCACUGAAAGCCUCGCCUACAUUUAGAUGGCUUAUGAAUUGUCCAGAAUUAUCUUCAUCUUCACAUAGGAACAACAUUGGCAGUUAACUGUAUGAAGCUUAUUCAACUGGGAGCUAUAAAUCAAUAUUUUUCUAUAUAUAAAUACAUCCAGUUCAAGAGGUGUCAAUAUCUGUUUAGACAUUUAUGUGAUGAUGAUGAUGAUAAUAAAAUUAUCAGAAAUGAUUUGUACAUAUGAAGAAUACAGUUGAUAAAUAAAUAUUCAUUAGACGUUGUUUAUUUUAUAUGAAUUGCAGUCAAAACAUGGAUGGUUAGGGAAGAUUCUGAUUUAUUUUCCACUUCUACAAUCAUAUAUCUGUUGGGUUGUUCUCACAUUGUACAGUUAUGUGAAGAUAUGGUUUGUGUACUUCAAACAGUGUGUUGAAGUUUCCCUAGCAGUUUGAUAGGCUUAGUGAUGUAGAGUUGCUAGCCCUGACCCCAACCCUCCCUCUUUACCCCGGCUUGCAACCCACUAGAAAACUAGCAAGCUAGUUAACUAAGGCACUCCUUGUAGUUUAGAAGGGAGAAAAACUACAAGGGAUGUCUUCACUACAGAUCAGAUCAGAGCAAAGUCGGAAACACUAUGUAGCAUCACUGCGGAAACCUCCGUAGGAGAACAUUGGGACUCUGUGAAAGCGAUGUUCAAGGAAACGUGUACAAAUGUUCUAAGAAGAAAGAAGAGACACGCCAAAAAAUCGCCCUCAACAGAUACCUGAAAGCUAAUAAAAAGAGGAGGAUGGCGAAAGAGAAGAUGACUCAAUGCAAAGGUGGACAACAGAAGGAGAAGCUGAGUUCAAUGUACACCUGACUGAAUAAAGCAGUAAGGAAAAGUGCUCGAAAAGACAAAAGACAAGCUUCUACAGCUGGGUACCAAUCAGUCGAAAAAGAAACCUAAUUAGAUCUCUUGCUACUUGCAUCCGACGCAUCUGAAGCUCUGAUACCCUGGAAGAAGAAUUACACCUCCUGAGAAAAAUCUUCAUGCAAACCGUUAUCCAUCAAGAUCUACAGAUAAAAACAUCAAACAGAAAAUCCAAAAGCAAGCGACAUCAUCCGUGUAAAAAAAGAUACUUUAUAUGAACCUCGACUCAGUGAUGUCCUUAAGAGGAGAAUUUCCACUUCUCUAAGAAGAGCUUUCUUUGCGGCAACAUUGAGAGUAGUGUCCUCCAGUCGCCCGCUGAUCUGCGGAAGUCCAAAAGACAAGAUCUGGCACCUAACCAUUUCUAUGCAUAUAUGUCAGUUCACCUGAUGCUGUGAAGUCAGGUACAUCAGUCGUUCGACGCGCAUCCUGUCAAAAAGGGUCUAAUAGCACUAUCCAGUGUGCCUGCAGAGAGGAAGUAGUGGCCGUAUAAAGAGUGCAAUAAUCGAACAUCUCGUCACCAUUAGCCUCCUCCAAAGUAAUCUACACAGUGAAGAACAACCUGCCAAGCAGAAUACGUUUCCGUCUUCUUUGAAUUGAAGAAGCACUAGCCAUUCAGUUGGAAGAACCAGAACUAUGUAUAGAAAAGAAAAUUAUUCAACCGCUUUUACUACCAUGGUAACAACUCUGUUGAUUUGACUUAGCUUCUGCCUGUUUGCUUGAUUCGACUUAACUUCUGUUUGUAUGCUUAUUUUUCCAACUACUUAAAACUCUUGAAUAAUUCCGUAAGUUAUUUUGUUUCCAUGUACACUUUGAGCACAACUCUUUCAUCAAACUAUUGACGUUAUUACGUAACUCAUCUUUAACAGUCGUUUGUGAAAACUUAUCACUUUUGUUACUACCCUCUUAUAUCAACAUGCAAUACAUCUGAACUUACCAACUGUAUCUUCGUUUGUCAAAUUUAAUAUACACAUACAUACGAAACAACCAUAUUUAUUUGCGAUUGUACAGCUAUGUAAAUGAAUUCACCGAAAAGAGACUCUUCGCUGGUCUUCUGCCUACUAAUUCUACGACACACUGGCAACUGAAGCAGAAGAGGCAGUGCACAGGCAAAAGACACAUCAGGACACUACAUCAGAUAACCAAGUCUCUAUCCGGGAAGAGAUCAACGCACAUGAUGAAGCAAUAAGGGAUAGUGAAGGAAACCUGAUCACCAAGGAGGAGAAACAAAUCAAACAAUGGGCUGAUCACCUUAACGGACUCCUGAAUCGAUUACCACCGGCAACUCGCAUAGGAAUACAACCAACAGCACACACGGAAAUGCCAACGGACACUAUUUCUUCAAUGAAAGAAGAAAUUCUGAAUGCGAUUAAGUUACUGAAGGCUGGGAAGGCAGCUGGGUCAGAUGGAAUUCCCCUGAAGCACUGAAAACGGACCCAGAAACUGUCACAGAUGUCCUCGUGCCAUUAUUGAGAAAGGUUUGGAAGGAAGGAAAAGUACCUACCGACUGGAAGAAAGUCUGGCUACCUUGUCAAGCUGUGACACAUGCCUGCCUAUGCAAGAACUGACGUGCUCUUGUCCACCAAAGCCAGGCAAAAUACGAAGUAUCAUCAUCCUGGAGAGAAUAAAGGAUGAACUGGAUACAGAACUUCGCCCAGAACAAUCUGGAUUCAAGAAAGGCAAAUCAUGUGCUGAUCAAAUUGCAACUCUACGCAUCGUAAUCAUAGAACAAAGCAUAGAAUGGCGAUCAAACAUCUACCUCGACUUCAUAAAGGCCUUCUACAGCGUUGACUGAGAGGUAAUUUGGAAACUACUUCAACACUACGGGGUGCAGUUCCCAGGUCUUUAUCAACCUCAUUCAACAGCUAUAUGACAGUGCCACGUGUCGAAUGAUCCACAACGGAAAAUUCAGCGAGGCAUUCGAAGUGAACACAGGAGUAAGACAGGGCUGUCUAUUAUCACCGAUGAUGAUAUUCCUAAUUGUGGUCGUCUGGAUUAUGCAUCAGACUGUUGGGGGUGAUGAGUCAGAAGUACUUUGGACCACCAAUGAAAAAACUCUAGAAGAUCUGGAUUCCACAGAUAAUAUGCGACUAGUGUCACAUAAACUCGAAGACUAACAAGCGAAUACCAACAAACUGAUUGGAGAAGCGGCCAGAGAAGACAGACGGAGGUGAUGAAGAUAACCAACGAACCGCAACAACAACAACAACAACCAUCACCAAUCACUAUCAACAGAAGAGAUUUAACCGAGGGUUCUUACUUCACUUAUCCAAGAAGUAUCGUUUCAACCA